AUGGGAGCGAAAUGUUGUGCUCAACAACCAAUACUGAAUCAUCAAGUUAUCAGCAAUUCUCAAACUCCUGCAUUUGUUGAAUAGUUUCAAUAUGUCACUAUAGACAAUUAGAAAUUAAUAGCCUAAGAAAUUUCUGCAGAAAUAACAGAUGAAAAGAAACAGGAGUUGGAACAAAGGAAAAGCGACGAUGAUCCAAAUAAUUUCAAAUCCCUCCAACAGCAAUCGCAAAAACAAGACGUUUAAUAACCGACCGAGGUUCCCUAGCAACUUUAACAUCCUGAUUUGAGGCUUUAUGAAUAAACAAUUGAAAUCACAAAUAAUAACAUCAAGAGAACUCUCGAAAGAAUUGGAAAAUAUAUUCCGAUCUAAUAGGUGUAACAUAGUGGUUAAGCUCAGUUUCCUUAUUAAAUAAAGGGAGAAGUCAUAUACAUAGGAACUUGGGAGGGCAUAAAGAGAGAAGGUUACGGUAAAUAAUUUUGGUUGGACGGGUCCAUUUAUGAAGGUUAAUGGUAAAAUGACAUGAUUUGUGGACAUGGUAGAAUAGUUUAUGCAGAUGGAGAUGCAUAUGAAGGGUUUUGGAUGAAUGGAAAUGCAAAGGGAUUUGGAAUAUAUUAUCAUUUUGAUGGAGCUCGAUAUGAAGGAUAAUGGGUUGAUAACCUACAAGAAGGAGAAGGUAAAGAGUAUUGGCCAGACAAUUCAUAUUUUGAAGGAUAGUAUAAAUAAGGUAAAAAGAACGGAAAUGGUAUUUUUUCUUGGAGUGAUGGUGCCAAAUAUCAAGGAUAGUUUCUUGAUAACUAAAUUCAUGGCUAAGGAGAAUACACUUGGGCUGAUAAAAGAAGAUAUCAAGGAGAGUGGAAGGAAAAUAAAAUGGAUGGAAAGGGCGUCUUUGUUUGGCCUGAUGGUAAGAAAUAUUUAGGUAUGUAGAUUUUAUUUCAAUAUUUUAGGAGAUUAUAAAGAGGAUAAAAAGUGUGGAUAUGGUGAAUUUUAUUGGCAAGAUGGAAAAAUAUAUAAAGGGUAAUGGAAAGAUGGAAAGUAACAUGGUAAAGGUGAAGUCAUCGAUCCAAGUGGCAACAAACAAACAGGAGAGUGGCAGGAUGGUAAGAAAAUUUGA